AUGAAGGGAAGCGUCAGUGCGAUCAAGCAGACGGUGGACGCCGUACAGUCCCGAGUGAAGGCCUUGACAACGGUGGGGAGCGGCGGCGGUGCGGGGCUGCUGGAGUGCCCGUCUAGCCUGGAGCUAAACCCCGACAAAACGCCGUGGUCGGCGGUGUUUCCCCUUUUCGGCAGGCUAAGGAGGGACGCCUCUGUGGAGCACAUGGCCGGGGAGCACAAGCCGCCCCCGAUUCUCCGUCCGGUGGAGUUAACCGUCGUGCCCGACUCGGUGUCGACGUUCGAGGACGUGGCCAACACGCUCACACGCUGCUCCGAGGUUUGCACCCUGCUGUCCAACCAGCGGAACGUGAUGAAGAACACCUUCUUCCUCAGAGCCUCGCUCAUCACACACCUCGUCACGAGGGUGAUACCCAUUCCGCUGCCGAACGCGUCUCCAAAAGCUUCCAAGGAGUGCUUCUGGCAGGCUUCGGGGAGGACGAUGCGAUACGAGACUCAGUCACACAUUCUCCGACUCCUGGUGAGGACUGCCUUCCAUUCGGGGAAGGAUUUUCUUUUUUUUUACCGGCCUGCUUGUGGGGACUUACUUAAUCUAAGGUGCAUCCUCCUGGCGGAGGGAGACGACCUCGAGCUGAAACGGUCAAGAUUGUUUUCAUCCGGAGCGACACCUUCUCCCGGGGAGACCCCUCCCUCAAAGAAGGCGCUGAGCCAGUGGCGUUCGAUCUCUUCGUUUGACCUGGGCCAGUCUCUCGUGAAGAACGGCUUUCUUUUUUUCCGUGCUCUCGGGCGUGUGUUUUCGCCUCUUUUCGUCUUCCAGGACCUCGUCAGCAGGCACUUCGCGGCGGCGUCGCUGUCCCUCAAGGUCACGCGAAGCUUCGACGCGGUGCGGAUGCUGACCAUGUCGUGCCUCGCGGCCCUGACGGAUGUCGUGAUGCGGGUGAUCGCGUGCGACACUCCCUCCCCGUGCUCGUUGCACUACAGCGGCAGGGCAAAGGCUUUCCAGGCCGUGCGGUGCCAGGUGCUGGACUACUUCGUCCGUCAGAGAGAGGGCCUGAAAGAAGACCACGUUCUGUUUUCUUUCGAGCGGAGUAUGACGUUCUCCAAGGCAGAGUUUGCCCUCAUUGACCAGAGCGCAGCAGCAGAGGCCGACGCGGAGCUUGAAAUGGAAUUAAAUAUUGUGGGACGGGACGCAACGGGGAACGGAAUGAGUAUGUUGUUCCGCUCACUCGAGUCAUUCCACCUCUUGUCGUGUCAGAUCUGCCUGCACAUGGGAUUUUCCCGGCAUGAACCGUGGCUAUACCUCUCCGGGGACAACCCCGAGCUGCUCGAUGUGUACCCGGAGAUUGGGUACCUUCGGGAUAUCGUCUACCUCCUCAAGGCCUUCAUGGCGCCCACAUCGGACGCGUUGCCGGAGAUUAAAGCUUGGACUCCAGCGGACGCGCGGCUGCACUGGAGCUGGACGAGUGUCGACGAGGGCUACAUCGUCAAAGGGUUCGGUGGGCACACUUUGGACUGCCAGGCGUUCAUCGACGACGACGGGAAGGCCUCGAGAGGCGCUCUUGCAGCAUUCAGAAAGUUCUUGAAGGGGAUGAACAUGUCCAAGACGCGCUCUCCUCCCUCGGGGGCCAACCCUUCCAACCUUGUGGAAAAGAGGAUCGACAACGAAGACGACGUAUUGCACAUACAGGUAGCGGAGACGGCGUAUUGCACAUACAGUGAAGACGGCGUAUUGCACAUACAGGCUUUGUGGAGCGAGGAUCUGCAGGAAGUAUUGGACGCCUCUCUCUUCGAGCCCGCACAGUGGCAGGCCGCCGAGACGAAGGCCAUGCCGACCCAUGUUCCGGCGGAGACCAGAGAUCACCUCACUACGCCGUGCGGCCUGCUUUUCAACGAGCUGCUGAAGAGCCCCAGGAUUUUGCUUUCGAGCUUGGACCGCAUGCUGGAGACGGCACUCGAGCUGGACACUGGUCGAUACACAUCCACGCAGAGCCCCCUGAUUCUCUACAUCUUCCGGCUGGUGGCGAGAGUGGAAGGGUUCCUCCUGUUCUUGAGGGACGAAGGCCGCUGCCGGAGGACCAGAGGAUUGAGAAAAGAGGACAGGGACCCCCGCGUGCUGGACGAGUUGGCUAGGGCGCAGGGGCGAUGGCGCCGCAAACUGAACAGCGAGGCGUUCCCAGUGCUGGAGAGGUGGCUCAAACGAGCAGCAAGGGACGGAGACACCAAGGUCGCCUGCAUCCUUCACGCGCAUCUGUUGCUGCUCUUCAAGAACCUCGGCGUCGGUGACGUCAACAAGACGGUGGCAUCCGUUGUUCUGUCCGCACAGGUUUGGCUGAUGGUGCACCACCGGUUCGAUCUGGAGGCCGUCGAUGGAGCAGACGGGAUUCGCAGGGCGUCUGGAGGAGGAGGUACCGGCGGCGGGAUCGACAGGAUGAGCCGGGCGCUUCAGAUUCCUCCGACCGAGGUGUUCGAGAUCAUCACGCAGCACCGGGUGAAGAUUCUGCAGUGGAUGGAGGCCAACCCUCUCCUCGCGGACAAGGUUCUGGAGGGAGUGGUUCGAGUCAUCACCCUAACCGGCGACCGCACCGGGCUCUCUCGCAAGACUGACGUGCUCUUCAAGGACCGACACUGGGAGAGCAUCCAAAGGAUCAACUGCAGGGGAAGGCGAAUUCGUGCCCGACACGGAAGUUGUGCGGCAUCAGCUGGCGCAGCAAGAACUGGAAGGAUCGGCGGCACUAUCGUACGAAGAGUAUCUCAGGAGGCUGACUCAGGCGGUAGACACAGAGGUGAUGUGAACACCCAGCUGGGAGAGUUUACCUUGCGCCGACACACGAUGGAGACCCUUCCCCGGUCUAUCGAGGAACACCCCGACUUCCAGUCCAUCUUCGGCCUUGCGGAAGACUCUGCCAGCACGGUGGGGUGCGCGGAGGUGCUCAACACCACCCGUCGCACCUGGCUGAGGCUGGUAGGACGUCGGCACGACGUGCAGCUGUGGGACAUGGACACUCGCGUCCCUCUGCUGGCGUACAAGCGGCCCUACACGGGGAGGGAGGCAGCGGGAGAGGCAUGGGUCGCCGCUGUGCUGGAACCCGUGCGCUCGAGGUACUUCCCAGACAUCAGGCUGUUUUUGCCUCAGGGAGCCUACACGAACUCCCACACCUUCGCCCACCUGUCUGGGUAUCACGUCGUUAAAGUCAAGGAGCCAGCUCAUCAUGGUGCGGAGCCAGCGGAGGGAGAGGAGGAAGCGAAGACGGUGACGAGGGAAGUGAAGUACCUCAAGGAGGUGGUUGUCGCCAAAGACCCUCCGGUGGUGCACGUGUUCGACGUUGUGGAGCACGGCCGACGCUUCUACCGGACUCUCGCAUUCUCGUCCGACGCGUCUCUCUCGCUCGUCUCCAGCCCACCGUCCGGGGCAAGCCGAUGCGAUGACCCCGGCGCUCACCUGUCAGCGGGAGAUCCUCUGUCCAAGCCCUUCAGGGAGAACUCGUUGGUUAUCACGAGGGCCGCAGAGGUGAAGGGCGCGGGGGAUUCUGUCCGUAUCCCGGCCCGCCUGCUGCUAGGCAUUGUGCCAGAGGUGCUGCUUCGAUCCUUCCACUUCUGGCAGUAUCAGGACGACAGCUUGGUCGGAGUACCGUCCAAGCUCAACCGUUACAAGCGGGCCGGGACCAAAGCCGUUGACCUCAACGACAGCAACAACAGCGACACGGAGGAAGAUACUGAUGGAGGGGACGACGGUGGCGGUUACAGCUCAGGCAAGAAGACCGCCGCCACAGCCAUCGAUAACAGCCUCGAGGACGGCGAGGGGGAGGGUGAUGUAGGGGGCGGCGCGGGGCUGACUCUCAUCAAGAUUCGUCUCUUCAAGGAGGCCAAGAAGGACGAGGCGAGUGAAUCCGGGCAUGGCCACAGCGAAGCCUUCGGCGUGAUCACCCGAGUCGUUUUCCCGGACGUGAGUCUCCCCCAUCUCGCCAAGGUCCACGCUCCGGACACAAUCGAAUCGUCUUCGUCGUCACCAUCGCCUUCCUCAGACCCUUCGACGUCAUCUUCCGCUGGUAGCGGCCAGCAGCAACAACCUCUAGUGCCGGUCGGAAGCGGCAGCGGUGGAACAAGUGCCAUGGACGCUGAAAAGGCGGAGGCUGCCGCCGAGGCGGAGCUCCUCGACACCCUCGUGGGGCUGGUGGCCUUGAAGGGCGGCACCGGCGGGGUGGCCCCGAACGGAGGGGGCGGCCUUGGGGCUGAGGCAGGUUCCCUUGGGAACGGCCGUUACGCCGUGAAGCUGUCGGAGGGCAAGGAGUCGAGCGGGAAGGUGGACCAGUCGACGCUCCUCAACUUACUCUUCGUUCCAGACGGCAGCCCGAUGAAGGUCUUGGCGAAGGCUCUCCUGCGGUUGGACGGCCUCAGCCACGUGUUGGCAUGGACGCGAGACCCCGUGCUGGCCUGCAAGGACCCCGCUUCCUUGGACUUCGUGGAACUCCCUCGUUUGAGACUGCGCUUCGAGGCGAAGGCCGACGGCCCGGGAGGGAAGGUGCGGCUUCACAGCCUAGAACACGCCGGGAUGUUCAUCAGCGGGGCGGAUGGGGCAGAGAUGACCAAGCUUGUCGAGGGGCUGCCGUCGUCGCUGCUACUGGAGAACUCUGAGAAGGAUCGCUUCUUGCUGCUUCCCUCUGCCACCCUGCCCGGACGACCAGAAUCCAAGGGCACCCCUUUCUCCGGAGAAGUCGUCCUCAACCGUUGCGACUCGUGGUGGCUGCGCUGCGUCGGGGACGGGGCCCGACACCACCUCUACCCCGUGCACGUCAGCGGCUGUCUUCUCUCCACGCCUUCCCUGAGCGCGGCGCUCUACCUCCUCGUUUCGAGAUUUGUGGCCGGGCAGUACGAGCAGGCCUUCUCCAUGGUGGAGGGCUGCGUGACCGACCUGCCUCUAGGCAAAGAGGAGGCGGGAAGCCUUCGUUGGCUGGGACACCUUGAGCACGACCACCACCCAGACGCCGUGUCCUGCCGCCUCAAACUCAGCCUUGCCGCCGCGCCCUGCCCGGAGAUGUCAGCCGUGCUCCCGUGGGACAUCGCGGAGCAGGCGCACCUGUACGUGACAAGACGCGGACACGUGUCCGCACACUGCCGGCUAUCGCCCGAGGAGGAGCUGCUGGUGCUGGACAAGGCCACCAAGGUCUGUGGCGAGGCGAUGGAGGCCGCGGCUAAGGAGAACGCCGCGGGAUCGGCGGCCCACUCGUCCAUAGGAGCACAAGCGGGAAGGUUGCUGGACUCGUUGCUGGGCAAGGCUGGGCCGAAGUUCAAGCCGAUCAAGCCUCGCGUGGAGAUGAGCCUGGAGGCCAGUAAUCGGAGAGAGCUUCUCAAGGCCCUCAUCCACGCGCGGGCAGGGUCAACAACGGGAGAGGUGACCGCGAGGGUCAGCAGCCGCCCCCCGUUGAAGCUGCAGUCCUUCGACGGCCUGGUGGAUCACUCGUGCAUGGAGGACCAGGAGAAGAAGGGAGGCCUCUUCUCCAAGAUGAAGCACGUCAUCUCAACCAGCUACAGUCCGCCGGUGGAUGCGAGCGGCGCUGUCGCGCUCUUGGCUCUGGACCAGUGGCUCGAGGACGGCCUUAAGCUGGAGGAGGGAAAGUACGGCCUCGGCUUUCCCUUCAUGUACUUGCUUCUCACCGGGAGUAUGGGACUCAAGGUGCUCCCCGAGGACAACACGUUCAACUGGGGAGCGAUCUUGCUGCGCUUGCUGCCUUGGGAACAGACGCAGCGCAAAGACCUUGUCAUGUCGGUGCUCAAGGCCUUGGCGUACAAUCCGUCUCUCGCCGUCGAUGCUCCCAAGUGGCAGCCAAAGAUGACCAAGGAGAAGCUGCUCCGCCAGGCGCACUCGUACCUGCUGGCGAAGCGUAGCUCGGUCAUCUGGCCUCGGUCCCACCUGGUCUUCCACCCGGCCACGACGGUGUCUUGCUCGACCCUGUCGGUGCUGCAGCGGGUCGACAGGAAGUGGUUCGCGCUGAGAUUGCCGGACGCGGCCAUGUCCUCGCGACAGCUGGCGCCAUGGACUGUUCCGUCGGAGGGCGGGCAGCUAUCGUUGACCGCGGACGACUGCAAGGCGUUGUCAACCUUCCCUCUCGCACCCGUGGGCAUCUCCUCGUACGUCCGGACCAUCACCAGAAGAGACAAAGGGCUCAGAGAGGUGGAGUCCCGGCUCCCGUUUGCGGUGGAAGGGCACCCGUCCGCGAAGUCACACGUGGCGAAGGAGAUGCUACGCCGCCUAAAGGAAGAUGUGCAGUACUUCGCCAACGAGGCAGCCAACUUCAGCGCACGCCUCGGUGCAGCGGUCUCCGGAGAUUGCGCCGGCGGCAGGGUGGCACCGCCCGAUGGGGUGGGGAUAGGGGCGAACGACCAGCGGCGGCAGCUGUUGGGCUUCGACCUCGGCAGGUCCGUCGGUCUCGAGCUGGCGCCAUCGAUGCAGAUGCUGGCCGAGCUGUCGUUGUGCUCUCAGGGAGAGGAGGGCCCCGGAGCUUCCCGUACGGUGGCGCGCGAGGUGCUGGAUGUCUUGAUGGGCCUGCUGCUGGUGUCCAACCGAGUUUCACAGGCUAAUCGGUGUGUGACGAUGGCGAACAGCCUGCUAUCUGCCUUGAAGGGGCUGCACGAACAAGGGGGGAGCAAACAGCUUGCCGAAAAGCACGCGCAGAUUCUCACCCGACGAAGCGAGGCUCUUGCGGACGGGUUGUCGAAGGGGAGGCAUUACGUCUUCCCUGACGAGCAGGGGAACACCACUCUCGAUCCCCGCUUGCUGCUGGUGGAGUUCAACUCGAGCAUCUUGCUUCACCAAUCGCAGGUUUCGCUGAUUGGACGGUUCAUGUCCAAGGCUACGGCGGGCCAGUCGAUGUGCCACCAGAUGAUCAUGGGUGCGGGGAAGACUACCGUCGUGGCGCCGACGUUGGGGUUGCUUCUCGCCGAUGGACGUCGCCUAGUGAUGGAGGUGGUGCCCGACCCCCUGCUGGACUUCUGCUUCAACGUAAUGAGGUCCGCCUUCAGCGUGACGCUCAACAGGCCCGUCUACGCGUUCAAGUUCGACCGAUUCAUGGAGGUUACGCCCGCCAUCCUAGAAAAGGUAGUAGAGGCGAGAGACCGCCGCUCCGUGAUGGUGACGACGCCGACGUCCGUCAAGUCAUUCAUGCUCAAGCUGGUGGAGCUGCUGCAUAAGCUCGACACCAGCCGACUUGAGAGGGCUGAGAUUCGGGAGGACAACACCGGGGCUGCCGGGGGCAUCCGGCGUGCGCUGGGCAUGCGCCCCGGGUGGCGGAGGGCGCCGGCCAAGCUGGAACCCGUGCCGGAGUUGAGGAGGCAGGCGGAGAUUGCCGUGAGGGUGCUCACGGUCUUUAGAGGCGCCGCACUGCUGCUGGACGAGGUGGACCUUAUCCUUCAGCCGCUCAAGAGUGAGCUCAACUGGCCCCUUGGUGUCAAGCGCCCCCUAGACUUCACUCGGGCGAGGCCAGGCAGUCAGCUUGGCAACGGCCUGCGGUGGCAGGUGCCGUUCCACCUGUUGGAGGCGUUCUUUUACUAUACCGAGGGAAGGAUGGUGGUCGACUUGGCCUUCCAGGACAGCCGAAGAGCGAAAGCGGUCCUGGAGGAGAUUCGCGUCGCCAUCGACGAGGGCUGUGCCGCCCGCCUGCUCCAGAAGACCCCGCACGUGGUGCUGCUGUCGAAGAAAUUUUACCACGAGAAGCUCAUGCCGUUGCUGGCGCAGUGGGUGCUGCUGUGGAUGCGGCAGAGACGGCUGAGAGAGGUCACCGAUGAGGUCAAGGCGGAGAUAAAGUCCAAGCUAAGCGAUGAUCACAUCAAGAUGCUCAACCUUACGCACGACUGGUUGAGGUCCUUCCUGCCGCACGUUCUGACCAAGAUCGACCGUGUCAGCUUUGGCCUUCUCACCCCGGCCGACCUCAAGAGGGCCCUGGAGGCCGACCCGAAGAUGCCCAAGUCGCGCAAGCUGCUGGCCGUCCCGUUCGUCGGCAAGGACGUUCCGUCGAGGGCGUCAGAGUUCAGCCACCCGGACGUCGUCGUCGGGCUGACCAUCCUGGCCUACCGUUACGAGGGCCUGCGCAUGUCGGACUUCAGGGCAAACCUUCGGGCCCUCAAGGAAGAGAUGGAAGAAGAGCAGAGCGGCCCUUACCACCUACGCCCCGCUUGCCGGACGUUGGUGCGGUGGGUCACGCUGGCAGGGGGCACCGUGAGAGGCGUGAAGCACGGGGGCGGAGUGAACGGCGCUUCUCUCAUCGAGCUGGAUGGCGAAGGGCACGGCGAGGGUUGGGCCGUCCCUGCGGCCGACGAAGAAUCGGGCGUUUUGCGAGGGGAGUUCGAGAACCUGUGGCCGCUGCAGCUGGUGGACUUGAAGGACGAGGAAAUGGUGGGGACGCUCUUCAGGCUCUUGCGGAGGUUACCGCAGGUGAUCGACUACUACCUGGACACGUUGAUCUUCCCGGAGACGAUGGAGCACAGGGGGCUCAAGCUAGCCGCCAACGGCCAGGACGUGGGCGGCAACAUGCUGUUCGAGGUCAAGCUAGGAUUCUCCGGCACACCUUCCGACUUGCUCCCCCUCGAGCUUGGCAGGUGCCAGUUUGAGCUCGGAAACACGGCCAUGAUGGUCCACUACCUCACAGACCCCGCUGUGGCAUCCCACCGCCUUCUCGGCACCGAGUGGUCCGUGACCAGUCUGUUGAGCGAGGUGGCGAGGUCCACCGAUCCCCCGUUCCACGCUCUCAUCGAUGGCGGGGCGCUCGUGACAGGGAUGACCAAUCUAGAGGUCGCCAGACACCUGCUGACGGUGGGUUUGGAUGGGCUGGAAGGCGUCAUAUACCUUGAUGACGCGGAUCGGAAGAUGAUCGUCACUCGGGCGGGCGGGAUGCGGCCCCUCCCGUUGGCAGAUUGCCACGUGCCACCGGACCUGCGCUUCACGUUUUACGACCAGGUUCACACCACGGGUAUGGACAUCAAGCAGGGUCUGUCGGCUGUUGCUGCGGUGACACUCGGCAAGGACAUGACCUUCCGGGACUACGCUCAGGGGGCGUUCCGUAUGAGAGGCAUCGGGAAGGGACAAAAAGUCCAGGUGCUCGUCAUCCCGGAAGUUCAGCGCCUGAUCAGCAGCCAGGUGGCGGCCGGCGAGGGCGUGUCCCGCCAUCAGCGAGACGUCAGGCUGCAGGCGUGCACGCCGGACCAGAUGGAAGCUCAAAUGCUGCGGGACAUAUGCGGCUGGCUGAACAUCAACUCCAUGAGAGCAGAGAAGGCGUCAAACGUGUGGCGGAAGCGAGCGUUCUCUGCGAUGAAGUCUGCUUUCGAGCAGUACGGGAAGGACGCCCAGGGGUCCGACAAGCUGCUGGGCUGCUUGGACACCUUCCGCGAGAGGGUGGACCACAACGUCGAGAACACCGUCCCUGUUGGAUUGGUGCUGAUGGAGAUCCGCCGGUUGGUUAUGGAGUCUGAGGCGGCGCACCCAGCGGCAGGCCAGGGUGGCUCUGGGGGCAUCACCUUCUCAGGCGGUAGCUCGAUGCAGCAGGGCUCGGGCGACGCUACCCCUCGGCUGCUGAAGAGGCCGUCCAUGUUGAAGAGGGCUGCUGCUGGGCCGAAGGUAGACAUGGCCGAGGCAAUGUUCGACUACGCCCCUCAGCACGUGGGCGACCUGGCCCUCAAGGUGGGGGACAAGGUGGAGGUGUUCAGAAAGGGGGACGACGGAUGGUGGUCGGGCACCCUCAGGGGGCAACAAGGAAACUUCCCAGGCGCAUACAUGCGAGAGAUCGCGCCUAGCGUUUCCGAAGACCCGGAGCCUGCGUUGCCAUCCUUGGCGAGGCAACUGGGGGUUUCGUAUGACGAGGGAGGGGAAGGACUGGGGGACCCUUCGCAGGUGGCUCAGGAGCGCGCAUUCGAGGGGGAGCAAGUUCAGGAGCAAGAGCAAGAGCAGGAACAGGAGCAGGAGCAGGAGCAGGAACAGGAGAAGGAAGAGGUGGUGAUGGACGACGACCCGGAGGAAUACGUGCCGAUGAAGUACUCGCGAGACGACGAGGUGCCCAAGGGCUGGGCUAUUCGCGACCUGUCGACACCGGUGGCGUCCAAGCUUGGCUUCUACCCGGCCAGCGACUUCGGCGUGCUGACGAAGCUCAUUCAGCAGCCGAAGCAUAUCGUCUUCCCGAAGGCGAUGCACGUGUCGCGGAACCACUACAAGCAGUCCUGGAGCUUCAAGACAUUCCGCCGCAUCAAGAACGUCAUCGUGCUCAUGGAUUGGGUGCCCGACGUAACCGCACUCAAGCCGGAGUCCCCGCCUGUCGGGCGCCAGGUUACCGCGGAGCAAGACCACCUGCUGAAGAGCGCGUUUUCCCUCUUGGACUUCGACGGCGACGGCAAGCUUGGAGAGGACGAGUUCCGCACGUUGCUCAGGGCUUUGGAUGUGGAUGUGGACAACCCCACCACCGGCCGUGCAAGCCUGGUGGCCAUCGCCAAGGCUGCAGGCGUCACCAACCCCUUCGUCACCUACCAGCAGGUCCGCGAGCUGAUGCGAACCCAGGCCUUUAUCGAGGCCCAGCAGGGAAGGUUUGUGGUGGCCCUGUCCCUGCAGGAGGCCGAGCACCUCAGGGGCUGCCUCCACCUGUCCGGAAAGUCUACGGGGCUGGUCAGGGAGAGGCCCACCACGGCGGCGCUGAGGCUGACGGACGGAACGUGCUUGGAUGCCUCAUUGGGGUACACGGAGCCCCCGCCGUAUCAGCGGAAGGUGGCGGAGGCGUGCUUCCGCUUCAUGGACUCGGACGCCCGGUUCGCGGACCGGGACUUGGAUAUGCUGCUCAGAGGCGUUCAAGACAACGAAAAGGCCUGCCGAAGAAGGCAACAGGUGCCGGUCGAGCGAACGCCGGUGUCGCGGGUGUUCCUUGUGCCGGACGAGUUCCACCUGCUGCAGCAUCGGGCAACCAUCGAGGCCGUUCGCCGCCGCAUCGAGGCGAAGGGGCUGCCCGUAAGGGACGCCUUCAUCGCCUUCAACUCCUCCAGGACCGGCGCACUCAGCUGCUCGGAGAUGUACGGGGCGUUGGAGUGGUUGGGCAUCCGGGUCCACGACAUCGUGCGGACGGUGGACCUGGAUUGCGACGGCUACGUCAGCUGGGACGAGUUCAAGCGCGCCUUCUUCGAUCCAAGCGAGGACGACGACAUUCUUGGGCAACAGCUGCUGGUUGGCUCGUCGGACUGGCCUGACUUUGAGGGCGACGCCUCUUUCACGGUGCCCCCGAAAGCCAUGCCGGAGCUGUACGCCUUGCAGGGAGACCAGGCGAGUCCUACGAUCGAGGAGAUCACGCAGGAGAGGCUGGAGGCCUUCAAGCUCAAGGUGCAGAAACAGGAGCGCCUGGAGAGGCUGUGGACGACACACGGCUCGUCUGCGAGAGCAAAGUGCAGCGUCUGGGCGCCAAUCGUCACCCUCGGCAACAUCGUACAACGAAACAAGGUGCGGCUGUGCCUAGGAUACUACGCUCGCGGAGGCUUUUCCGGGUGGACCAGGAAGGAGCAGGACAUCGAGCCGCAGUCCGUGGAGAUCACCGAUACAGGAAGGUGGAGGCUUCGGCACGGCAACAAGCUGGACGUGGUGUGCCAGUCCCUCUUCCCGAGGCCGAUUCGCUUUAGGGAGGUCUGGAAGCAGGCGUCCGGAGACAAAGCGCUCUUCGUCUGGCGCCCUGUCCCCCCGAGCUCGGCGUUCGUGGCUAUGGGCAUGGUCGUCACCACAACGGAAGAGCCUCCGUCACAGGACUCGGUGCGGUGCGUGCCGAGGCGCUGGGUGAUCGAGAGCACGUUCAAGCCCGUCAAGGUAUGGGACGAUGCGGGUACAGAAGGUCGAGCAGGAUCUAUCUGGAUGGUGAACUCCCUCCACCUCAUGGCCGCCGCCGUGGGCCACGAUGUUCCUGAAGGACCUUUCUGGGACCUCAAGGACGACCGUUUCUUCUUGACUCCCACGGAGGUGGCCGAGAUCGAGGCGUCUGCCACAGGGGGCACGACGACCAAGUUCAAUCCCAGCAACUCCAAGCCUCCCUCCGUGCCUUCGGGGACUAGUUAGGUCGAAAAGGGCCGCACCACUUCUGACCUUGCCUGGCCAGGCGUCGACUGGUGUACCAGCAGCUUGGCUUGAUAGCUUGUGGAG